AUGCAGCCCUCACCGUCAAGGAAGCGGACGAUUGACCAGGUGUCGCCGCCGGCCAACGUGGCGGCCUACGCUGCUUCGGCUUCUCCGAUCCCCACGGCCUUCUCUCCCGCAGCCAUGGCGACGGGCCUGUCGGGAGCGCCCGGCGCCUCUCCGGUGGGCACCGACUCUCCGUUUACCUCGGCCCUCAACCAGGGCAGUCGGAUGCUUUCCGGCAUCAGCGCUCCCACGCCUUCUUCGGGAAUGCCGAUGGGCAGCGGCUACGGGCCGGCGCAAUCCCCAGCGCAGAUGCAGAUGCAGCUCCAGCUCCAGAUGCAGGUGCAGAACGGAACCAUGCCGAUGGAGGUGGCGCUGCAACACAUGGCCAGCAUGGGAAGGCAGCAGCAGAACCUGUUUCUGCAGCAGCAUCACAGGCAGCAACGGCACCACCAGCAACAAACCAUCCGGCCAGAAGUGUCCCUCAAAAUGUCGCUCGACUCACUGCUCGAAGACGUCCUCCCCGCCCUCACGAGGGACGGCGACGCAUUCUACGACGCCGUUGAGGGAUCGCUGAGCGCAGAAGCGGACUCCAGGCAGGUGCAGGCUCCUGGCCAGCCUUUCCAACCUCGCCCGGACAUUGCACACCAAGGGUCUCGCGUCGCUACCGCUGUCCUCGGAUACUUCUUCCAAGUCCGAGCAAGACGGGAUUGGCGCCGUCACGCCCUCACACGCCGACCCGGCCGAGGCGCUGGCAAAGGAUACCGCAGCCUUGCAGGAGCUCGCCAGGGAUAUGUUCGAGAGGCGGGCACGGCUGCGCGAGGCGGCCGGUAUCAUUACGGGCAUCCUCAACGACGACGUGGACGUCUCCGAGUCAGAUUCGGUGUCCAAGGCGCAACGGGGCGGCAAGAAGGCCUCUGUGGCCAAGAAGACGGUCACGCUGGCAUUGGGCUCAGCCGCAUCACGGGGCGGAUCGACUCCCGCUCACACAUCGACCGCAGGCGGAACCCCAAACGCGGCAUCGCCUGCAGCCACUCCCGCUGGACCGUCCCGAUGAUCGAGUCCGUCUUGGUCAUCCCGGCGCUGAGGAAGCUUCCGCAUGUAUGCCCUUGGGCAUCUUUGCGCGGGACUCUAGAGCUCUUUUGGCCCCUGGAUAGGAGACGGCUCGGCUUCGCUCAACGUCCAGCACCUCCUCUAUCUCUCCCAUGUCCACCUACACCGCACCUUUGCCUUGCAAGAUCGCCUGCCACUGCACGUUUGCCCGCGCUCAUGUCGCUCAAGUUCGUCGCAGUGCCGUCAAUCUGGGACCUCGAAGAGAUGACAACCAAUGAGGGCGAUCGGGUACAGGCAAGGGAAGACACUGCUGCGAUCAAGGGGCCCACAGAGACCGGCGACAUGGUCAGACGAGGCCAAACCGAGUCCACUCGCCCCGCUACUAGCGGAACACCGCCAGCAAAUCGAGCGGGAGCCAGCCUCGAAGCAACGGGAUGCGGAGGAGCGGAACGGCUCGCGGCGCGCACGCUCAGCACCAUCCCACCAGCACCGUCGCCAGCAACGAAAAUCCUGGAUCCCGAAAGCCUCUACCACGUACCUCCGAAGCAGCCUGUCGAGUCCCCGAGAACGAAAGUUUCGACUGCCACCUCGCGCCGCAGAGCGACCCGAUCGCGUUCCCGGACGACCAAACAGGAGACGGCCAAUCCGACAAAGGUCGUCGUGCAACCACCACUAGCCAUACCGGACUCGCCGGACGUCAUCAUCAUCAUGUCGGACUCUGCGCAGUCGGACCUCGAGGUCAUGGAGGACGUCUUCGACUUUGACGAGGCCUCGCUCUCGCCCAGCGAUGACGAGGCCCCUCCUCGCCCGACCUCCAACCGCAAGAAGCGCAUCGCGUCCGCAAGCGGUACCCGAAGGAAGACGGACAAGAAGGCGAAGAAAACGAAGGGAGAAGGAGAUUUCGAGAUCAGUGAGACGAAGGUGGAGCCGGACGAGGUCGAGCAGGAGCCGUUGAGCCAGGAGAAAGAGUCUGCGCAGGGCGCCAAGGCCGAAGAGGAAAAGGAGGAUACGACGUCAAACGGCGACAUGGCCGGUGAGGAGAAGGGCGAGAAGGUCAAGCCGAGCAAGAUCAAGGCCAAGCAGACGAAGCCUCGCAAGCCCCGCGUCAAGAAGGAGGCCGCCAAGGCCGCCGGAGUAGAGGAAGAGGCACAGCCGGAAGGCUCGACCAAGCCUGCCAAAGAAGGCAGGACAGUCGUUCGCUUCACCAAGGAAGAGGACAUCUGCCUGAUCGAGGCAAUGAGGGAGCAUCUCCUGCAGACCGUGCCAGCCAUCUCUGUCAAGCUACCGGAUCGAAACCCGACCUCGGUCCGAUCCCGCAUCCUCACACUCAUCAAGACCCUGCUCUCCUCGUCGUGA